AUGGAUCAAUUCUUCUCAUCUGCUCCUGUGCUACGAGCUCUCGCAUCUCCCCCAAUUGACCUAACCUGGGAAGAAACUGCGUGGCAAGAACGUGAAGCAAGAUACCAACUAGCUAAAGCUAUAGAACUAGGCUUCGCCGAGAACUCUCUCCCAGAAGAAGAGAUAAUCGACUCAGAAGACGAACCUCGUAUCAAUCUAGAUGAUCCUGCCGCCGUCGAGAACCCCCUACACAAUCUACCAGGAGUGUUUCCAGGUCUACCUGAAGUGGAGGUGGAAGUGGAGGUCGAUACGACGAUCGUCAACCAAGUGAUCGACCCCCCGGUUCGAACCGAGGAUACCCCUCUGCGCGAAUUUGAUGAGGUCGGGUUCACAAUCGAUCUCCCUCUUCUGGAAGGCUAUGCUACUAUCGAUUUAGCUUUGAACGCAGUGAACGAGCUGGGCAAAAGAGAUGGAUAUGCGGUUUGCAAGAAGCGUACCACAGCCGACAGGAAUGGGAGGCUCUACAAGGGAACGUUUCAUUGUGUUUAUGCAGGGAAACAUCGACCAAAUCAUCCUUACAUCGGUGAACAUGGAAGGAUUCGAGCCCAAGAAACCUUCUCAAAGAAGCGAGACUGUGGUUUUGCCCUUUAUACAACAUGCCCCGUCAAUGGCACAUGGCGCGUUGAAGUCGCGCGCGACCAUGUCUUUGAUCACGUGAUGCUGAUGCCUCGGUUCGAACCGACGCGCGCGUCGGAUGCAAAGUUGAGUGGCAUCCUCUCGCGUUAUUGCAUCCGCAAGAUGAUCGAUGGACCAUACUCCCUGGCCAAAGCUGCCAUUCGCAACGACGACGAGUUGCCCCAGUGUUCAAGAGACUGGUCUAGUAACAUGGGAAUGCCCUGUAGGCAUGAUUGUGAAGCUUUCAUUCGGGGACAUCGACGCCAUCCAUUCGGCCGAGAUGAGUUUUCCACACAUUGGCUACUCAGUCACGAAAAGGACCUUAUCGACGAAGCUAGAACUCUUGGGAGAUACCAAGCUCGAAUCGAUCCUGUUGUUCCAAACUAUAACACGAUAAGGUUGGGAGGUGGCGUAGCUCCACAACUGCGGAACGCCUAUGUGGAUCUGGAUAACUCGGCGAUGACCAUAGACCGGACUCAACGUGAAACAAUCUUAGAUCCUGUACGCGAGACCCACCUCGGGCGUCUAAGCGAGUAUUCCUUAUCACAGGGAACACGACAGGGGAUCAACACAGCUGAAGUGUUACAAGGGGUUGUUGCUGCACGACCUGUUGCGAGGGCAACAGUCUCAUCAGGUCGACCUGAGACUCGUGCUGAAGAAGUAGAGCGACAGACCAGUCGCAAGCAAAGAAGAAUCGACACUUGCACAGCGUGUAAUACCCCAGGUCAUCGCAAAAACAACAAGAACUGUCGUUUAGCCAGUGUUACAGCUCAACGAGCAAUUGAAACUGCUUCACAGCAAGGUGCUCUGGCGUCGCAGGCCGAACAAAGACAGCGACAGAUGGAAAGGACCUUAUCUGUCGCAUCAAUGAUGAGACCCGACGAUAGAUUACUGUUGGAGAACGUUCCAUGGUCAGAAUUGAUCCCGGUCGUCAAGUCGAUGAAACGUUCUAUUGUAGUGGCGCGCGAGUGGCUUGGCGAUGAAACGUCUCGACUUGUCUCACCAAGCGAGAUCCACCGUGGGAGCGAUGUUGAGACGUGGUACUUUUUGGAAGAGCCUGACCUCCCUUUCUGCUCGUUGUUCUUGACCGAUGCUUACGUUCUUUGCUCAUUACUUAGUCGACUUAACCGUGUACCGCCCCCUCCCUCGCCCACCAUGCCCAUCGCCCCGCCCGUCCCCCAAGAGAUCCCCCCCGAUCAGCUCGCCAUCGCCGAGAAUGUUAGGCGUGCUAUUGAGGAAAAUUACCGUAUCGCUUUCAAGAUCGAGCACCUAUUGGCCUGGCCCGCCGACUGGCCCCGUCUCGACAUGAAGGUGUGGCCCACCCUGUUUGGAAGUUUCGAGCACUGGGUCCACUGUCAUCGAGAGCAGGCUCGACUCGCCGAGGAGUACCAAGCCGCCGGCAAACCCCCGACCGUACUCCGCUCUCCGGACCGACACCUCGCUCGUUUGGCCAACAACCUCGGCGCUUACCCCGACCCCCCUACCCUCGGCACCGAUGGAGCGUAUCCCGUCUGCCGUUGCGAAACCGGGGCUUUCUUCGCUUGCAUCAUGACCAAGGUCGACAAAGCGGGCAAGAGGGCCAAUAUUCUUCCCAAGAGGAAGGAUCUCGAGAUCUGCGACGAGCUCGCUCGAGAGGAUGAACGCAUCGACGAGCUUCCUAUCGACCCCCCUCUCGACAGGCUCAACCGUUGGUUGACCCCGGGUCGAGCCGGCACUCAGGACAUCAGGGCGAUUAACAACUGGCUCUCCCAGUUCCGCGGCGGUUGGAGGAUCGCAUGCAAGGGUUGUCGCUACCUCUGGAGGCCUGAGGAUCCCCCCGUCUACACCGGCCCUCAGCAAACCGUGAUGGUCAAGACCAGCGGUGCCUUCGUCGACAGGUUUCCCCCGCUCGCCCUCUGCGUGAAGUACGGCCCGAUCUACAUCUGUCGAAACUUGCUCGGGAGCACUCUCGGGAAUCAAUCCACCGUCUGUGGCCACUGCAAGUCGCUCAAGAUCGGAUGCGAGGUUCUCUCCCCCGACAAGGCAAACGAGCUCGACGAUCCCAAUCAGGAAGGCGUCGAGAAGGCCCUCGGGCUUCUUUCUAUCGUUGAGUCGCAGAACUCUGCUUCGAAGGAGGCCCGCCAGGAGUACUACGACAUGAUCCGAGCUGCGUUGAAGAACCGUGCUUGUCACGGAGGGCGAGACGCCGACGAAGAACACGUUCCGGUCUACAACGCUGCUUUGUUCCCCGUCGAGGAUGCUUAG